AGCUUGUUUCAAAACAGAAAAGUCAAAAUGGCGCCCGCAUGGCAAGAAGUGGACCAUGCUCGGGUGGAAAAGCGCUGCGAACUCGUGCUUUCGGGCCCGGCCAUCUCGAAGCGCAUUGAGGAGGCAGACCUCGACGUGUCUGUCUUCACGCUCUCGCACCUCAACUUCCUGGAGGUGAGCAACACCUGCCUGUCGACCAUCCCGGACGGCAUCGCUCGCCUCGUCAACCUCACCCGGCUCGUGCUCAGCGCUAACCAGCUGGCCAAGCUGCCCGCGGAUUUGGGCAAGCUGAGGAAACUCAAGUUCCUGGACGUGUCUAGGAACCGUAUCGAAGACCUGCCCAUAGAAAUCUCAAAUCUAACUGAGCUGCAGAGCCUUAUCGUCGCAGGCAACCAGCUCCGCUCGCUGCCGGCCGAAUUCUCCAAGCUAAACCGUCUGAUCGUGCUCAACUUCUCGAAUAACCAAGUCGAAGAAUUCCCGUCCUUCUUAACGGAGUCGCGGUUCGACUUCCUCACUGAGCUUGUGGCCAACAACAACCGAAUCGAGGCGUUGCCCGCCAAAGUGGCAGCCACGUUGCCGUCGCUCAAAACAUUAGACGUGGCGAACAACGCCGUGAAGCUCGUACCCGGCGAGGUCGGCGACUGCGCCAAGCUGAAGGAGAUUCACUUGAAGGAGAACCCGCUGAGCGACAAAAGACUUAAGAAGCUCGUGGAGCAGUGCCACCACAAGCAGGUGCUCGAGUACAUCAAGAGCCACGGGCCGAGGGAGGCGGUUUCGGUUCAGGGACAGGGCAAGUCUGGCGGGGCCAAAAAGGGUGGCAAGAAGAAGGGACCGGCGUCCUCCACCGACUUGCAGGAGGUGCUGAGCACAUUCGAGGUGCUUCAGCUGAGCUCGCACAGUCCCGUGGUUGUGGUGACGGAGGCCGUGCAGGAGGUGCGGCCAUACAUCGUCUGCUGCAUCAUCAGGGGGGUCUUCCUGGACAGGGACAGCAGGCUGCGCAAGUUCCUGGCCCUGCAGAACAAGCUGCACGACACAAUAUGCGUCAAGCGGUCCGAAGCCACAAUUGCCACCCAUGACCUCUCCAAGAUCACGGGCAACGUCCUCUACGACGCCAAAGACCCGGAUAAGCUGAGGCUGGUACCGCUGGGCAGGAAGGAAAAAAUGAGUGGCCGAGAGCUCUACCGGCAGAUGACGGAAGAAGCGGACGCCCUGCGCAAGGAGAAGAAGAGGAGCACCUACCCGGGCAUUUACAAGUUCCUUUACCUACUCAAGGACAAGACCCUGUACCCAUACGUGUCGGACGGGGCAAAGGUUGUGAUGUCCUUCCCACCCAUCACCAACAGCGAGGGAACAAGGAUCUCCGAAGACACCAAGGACGUGUUCUGCGAGGUGACGGGCAGCAACCUGCCCUUCUGCAAGAAGGUGAUGGAUGCCCUGCUGACGGAGUCUCUGCGCCUGGGGCUGGGCGACGAGGAGGUGCACCAGGAUGAAGGGUCGGGGGAGGUCGUCCACCGCAUGGCCGUGGAGAAGGUCAAGGUCGUGGACCGGGAGGGCAACCUCAGAGUGGUCUACCCUUCCAAGACUGACCUCCUCUGCGACGGCAUCUCCGUGGAACAGCGUCCGGAGUAGGGCUCGCCCUCGUUGGGGCGCCCUUCCCCGUAACUCCCGCUACUGUUGCAGUGCGGAGCACAAGUUUGUCUGCGUCUUGCACAGGGGUUGUGUCGAUGUCAGAAUGUCGAGCUCUUAUUGGCUGAUCGAAAGAAAUAGUGGGUAUACCUCAAGGCAUCCAGUAUUGAGGACUACCCACUAUCCUUUCAAUCAAAGCCAAUCGGAGCUCGGUAUUGUUCUGACGUCACUGCAACUCCUGUGAAAGAAGCAGACGAACUUGCACUCCGCAUUGGUUGCUGCAGUUUCGGUUGCGUCGCAGAUUGCUGCACGUUCAGUUUUCCCUCGACCGUAAAGGCCACGAGCUCGAGAGUGCAGCUUCCUCGCAUAGGGCGCUGACCACGCUGUAUGUCGAAUGCUCGUGCGACGGAAACGCGUUUCGAAGUUACUAGCCUGUACUUGCAGCCUUCGCUCUGUGUUCCUGUGAAAGAUGAAGGGGAGGUAGUCCUGAAACUGGACUGGAAUAUGUUAAUGCUUUGUUUCGUCUCUGGUUUGGGCGCUUUUUUCCGCAACUCCCGCUGCCGGUGUUGUAUUGACAUCCCUUCCAAAGUAUUGCAGUAUUCAGGUAUUGCAGAUUCGUCUGCAUCGCUUACUGCCGUUUUCUCAGUUUUGCCUCGACCAUAAAAGCUACGAGUGCGACUCGCAAGAGGUGCUUCCGUUCGUGCACGACGAUAGCUUUAGAAGGGAUGUCAAUCGUACUGUACGUCGACUGCUUGGGUGCUCGUGCGGCAGAAACGCGUUUCAAAGUUUUUAACUUGCGCUCAUAGCUUUCACUCUGCUUUUGCAAAAGAUGGAUCUUUAUCAAAAUGCAUUACGCCGUUAUACUCUUUCAUCCCGACCCUCCAGGGGCCCUGAACAAACCCGAUUUGGUACUCCUAGCAGCUGUGAAUGUCAACCCCUACCUUUCCUCAUACCCCUGCCACACAAGCACUUGUGCAGUUGUGUACAAAGGUAACUGGAAUGUGUGUAAUCUGUUUGUCUGGCUUGUUGGUGUUACCUGGUGGCAUUUUUUCCUGUUUCAAAGGGGCACUAAAACCCUUGUCAGACGGAGCGCUUAAACUCCUUUACUUUAGUAGAAAGGAAAAUCUCCUAAAAGGAAGAGGAGUUUGUGCCACACUACACUAAAUGUUCCUUCCCGUAAAAUGUCCUUUUCGGGAAAGCUCACCAGCGUCCUUUAGUACAAAAGCAGUAAAACUUUGAAGGACUGACCUUGGCAUGGGUUUUCCGAGCAUUGACUGAGGGCAUUGUAUCAAGGAAAGGCUUUCGUCUCCAAUUAGAAUCUUAACAGACGAUCCGAGUCUCCUUCCUCAUGCAUCGCAGGCUUAGAUUCCCCAACUCACCUGUGCGUUCACACUUCUUUCAGUCUGGUAGAAAGCAUUAAACUGAAGUGUCAAUAAUUCCGAUUUUUUAAUUAUUUUUAGGUUUCGGUAACCAGGCAGUAAUUUAGUACACCGUCAAUUUAGUAUAUUCUCGCGUUUGCCAAUGCCUCUCUCCGACUCAAAAUUCUUGCGAAAGUAUUUUUAUUAGCCAAGUUAUUUCCAAUGAAAAAAAAAUUAUUCCUAAAAUAAUCAUUAACUUGCAAUUUUGUACAUGAUAGAAAAAUUAGAAUAAUAAAUUUAGUUUCUUUUUAAACUCCAUGUGGCCAGCCCCAAAACAAUAUUGGUGGUAAAUAGUACAUUGCCGGUCGUGUGAGAGCAGCUCCUUUAGCGGAAAGGAUGUUUAUUGAAAAGGAGUAUUAAGGCGUCGUCUGACAGGGUAUAAACCAUGCACUUUCUGUGAUAGCCUAUUCAUGGUCAUAACUCAAUCUAUGGGCUCUAGGCAUCCUAAAAAACUAAACAUUACAUUCAUGUGCGGCCGAUUUCUCUGUUAUAAUUGGUAUCAAAGAUUUACUGCUUCUGAACCGUCGCAGCCAUCGGAAGGCGCCGUCGGACAAGGGGGAAGGCUUUUUCUCGUGCGACAGUGCCUUCUGGUGUCCGAGAUGGUUCCAAGGCAAUGAACUUUUGAUACAGAUUUUUAUAGGGAAAUUGGCCAGGCACGAAUGCAAUGUUUGGUUUUUUAGAAUGCUUAGAGCCCAUAGAUUGAGUUAUGACCAUAAAUAGACUAUCCCAGAAAGUGGUUCAGUGCACCUUUACCUAAGGAUCUCAUAUGCCUGGUUUCAUGCUGUGUUUUUUUUUUGUCCACAGAUCUGUAGCAGUUUUUUUUAAGAGUAACCUGGUCGCAAUUCACCCUUCAGACAUAUCAUACAUAGGUCGGCGAGUAUGAGCAACAAAGGCUUGUCAAAGUAGUAAAAGGAUUCGAGUGAGCGCAGAUGGUGAAGGCUAUGCACGUACUGGAUGGUCUCCCCAAACAGGUGCGCAUGCGGCGAAAGAAGCACAUUCAAAGCUUUCAGCCUCAUGUUGUAGCCUUCGACUUGUUGCAUUUGUGAUGGCGAAAGAAAGCAACGAGUACUGUGCAACGAGUACUGUACCUGCUGCUGUACUCGAUUCCUGGUAUUUUGGUUGCAGCACGCAGUCUUAUCCGCCGGUCUUGAUGAAGGUGAACACUGAAGGGUGCAAGCAUGAAUGUGUGACCUCAAGAGGACGUGCAUGCACAUUCGAAUAAUAAGGACAUCUUUUAGAGCUAUGAGAUUGCACUCUAAGCCUUAAAUUGUGGGCUUACUUUAAGUGUUAACAAGGUUGUUUCUUUUUAUCUUCAGAGCAAUUAUUCUUCUUACAUGUUCCUCUUGUUUGGAGGGGUCGAUUUGGCAGAUCCCCAAUGGGAUUAUCGGCUCAGGGUCUGCACCCUGCCGCACUGGUCAACUGCUGCAUCAAUCUGCACGCUAUGAAGCGUCGACUGUGCUUUUACUAUUGCAAGCGUAGGAAACGCAUUGUCAUGGUGCAGGUUUGUUGUUUCUCAUUAGGUAGCAUACGGUGUGAUAAAGGGCACUGCUUAGGGGUUCUGCGUGCUUGUGUUGUAAGAGCCACAAGAGUUUGGACUCUUUUCCAUUUCGGCCCAUUGAACAGAAAGACGAAGUUACUAUACCUGUGUGGGUCGAUUGUGGCAUUGCAUAUUUCUUCAGCCAGGGAGACUUGCUCUUGACAUUCAUGAACAAGCCAAAUAAAGUGGGUCCGUUAUUUAUUGCA